AUGUUUAAAAAAACUAUUACUAAGCCCAUUAAAAAAGCCAAGCCAACUAUUAAAUCGGCCAGCACCAAACCCGAGCAAAUCACUAUCACCGAAGCCUUAAAGCAAAAAGUAUUUCCUUACAUCGUGGCAGAUUUUGCCAAUGCCCUCAAAUCCUUAAAGUCUGGUGAAAGCAUCCGCUUUGGCAAACUCGGCACUUUCAAAAAAACCAAACGGGCGAUGCCAGAAUUGAAAAAAGUUGGUCGACCCCGCAAAGUCACUCCGAUAGCAGAAAUACCAGCCCAACCAGCCAAAGUAACUAAUGGUCAUCUUACCUUUAAAGAAAGCAAACGCACGAUCGUUCUUACUUGGGGUAAAUAUUCCAUUACUUUGCUCUGCAUAACGGCCGUUGCUAUCUCAGUUAUUCACAAACUAAAUUUCUAA